GUCAACAAACUGGUUUUCAUUCAUAAACUGUGGGGUUUGGCGGGUGCAUGGAAUGAACUCUGGCCCUUGUUUAUGAGGACGGGCUGGUUGAUGAUAAUGGGCAAGGGUGUUGUUAGCGGCGACCUGAAGGCUCAUGUUUCUAUUGUGAUACGUCAUUUGCACAUUUCUAUUGCACAUCGAUUGAUUUGGUGCAUCCUGUUUGAAGCGUGGAGAAGCCAAAUGGGAAAUGUUUGAAAACUUCACUUCUCAGCCAUUGUGCAUGAACUGCAGCCAAAACUACACGAUGGUGAAUAUCAGGAUGCCUUACUCUUACUGUUGGGUAGAUAUUAACCUAGCCAGUCAAUAGGACGGACGGACACACACACACACACACACACACACACACACACACACACACACACACACACACACACACACACACACACACACACACACACACACAAAGCAAGGUUGUAAUAUAGCGCCCUAAAGCGUUGUGGUUGACGCCCUCACUCCCUCACCUUGCACCUGACGGUGACCCGAGUUCUAAUCCUGGGUCAGAUGCCACGAUUCUACGGGCUCGCCAUAGCCCGUGCUACAUGGACACUUCGUUCUGAGUAGCUAAAUCUGAAACAAGAAGAAGCCACGAUUGGGCUCUAUUCCUUCCCUGCUUCCCUCUUCCUCUCCUCAGCUUUCAAAAAUAUCAAAAGACAUUUUGCUAAAAGGGACAAAUCCUGUGAGGGGAAAAUAUAAGAGGUGAUUGACCUAACCGGUUCCCAUGGUACUGUGAUAAGAGGUACGUGAAGUCUUACAAGAUGUAUGACACCUUGUAUACAACACCCAGACUCAGGCUCCAUUUGAAUGGGGUGAGAAUAGCUUGAGCUACCUCAUCCCUUUGUGUGUAUUUUACCUCAAUAAACUUAUUUCAAUUUCAAUUUCAAUUUCAGGCUCCACCAGUCUACACUCACCUUGAAUUCUGAAGCUACAAGGUGAUCUGCUUGUUAUAACUCAACACAAAAAGUUGUUUUGAACAACCAGAUCACUGCGAUAGGGGUAUGGCGUAACAUGGCGGACGUUUUGGGCCCACGGGAGGAUGUGCGCGGCACACCCGUGGGAGGUGAUAUUCUCCAUCAUCACUACCACCGUGGCUAUGAUCUCCCUCGCUGACUGGUACAAGACGCCCAGCCUUCCUCGCACCCCUCAGGAGUACCAGGGUCUAGAUGUUGUGGUGAUGACUGUUUUACGAUGCUCAGCACUACUCUACACCUACCACCAGUUCCGUAACCUGCAUAGGAUUGGCUCCAAGUACAUUGUGGGGAUUGCUGGACUCUUUGUUGUAUUUUCAAGCUUUGUGUUUAGCUGUUCGGUCAUUAAACUGUUGGAUAGUGAUGCCUCUGAUCUCAAAGAUGCAUUGUUUUUCUUCCUGCUUCUGGUGGACCUUAGUAGAGCUAGCCUUCUGGCUCAGUUUGCCUUGUCAUCCUCCAGUCAGGUUGAAGUAUACACAAACAUUGCAUAUGGUAUGGCUCGUCUUGGACCAUCUCUCACUCUUGACACCAUUGUUGAGGCCCUGGUCAUUGGUGCUGGCACACUUUCAGGUGUGAGCCGUCUGGAGCAGAUGUGCGCAUUUGCCUGCAUGUCUAUUGUUGUGAACUACAUUGUCUUCAUGACGUUCUUCCCCGCCUGCCUCUCUCUUGUCCUUGAGCUGUCAAACAGAUGCUCCUCUGGACAACCUCCAUGGCAGAUGGCAACUCUGGCUCGUGCCAUGGUCGAGGAAGAAAAGCCAAAUCCUGUUGUCCAGCGAGUCAAGGUGAUCAUGUCUGCUGGGCUCCUGCUAGUUCAUGGCAUCACCCGUUGGUCACUCUCCCUGACGUCAAAUACUGUUACAAUGUUAGAAUCAAGUGCUUCUUUCAAUUCCUCUACUGAUCCACAUGUUAUUGUCAGGUUGCUGGAUGCAGGACUGGACCACAUUGUGUUUACGGUGAUUCUUGUUGCCCUGAUUGUCAAAUACGUGCUGUUUGAGUCACAAGGUCAGUUAGAGGAAAAUCUCAUCAAUGAUAGUCUUCAGACCUCUCAGGAUUCCCUCGAUAGCUCUGGUCUCUCUGGCAAAGGAAUUUUGCGCCAGCGCACUAGAACCCACACUGUCAGUUUUACUAGCCAGUGGGAGGAGGCUGCAAUGGCAGUUUCUAAGGAGGAUCGUAGCACACAGACAGAAACCUUCAGGAAUCAUCUUAACGAGCACUGGGAUGAGGAUGAGGACAAGCCUCCUAGACCAAUAGAGGAGUGUGUAGCUGUGAUGAACUCCGAGGCAGGGGUCAAAUCUUUAACAAACCAAGAAAUUGUGAAAAUGGUGGAGAAGAAACAUGUUCCAAGCUACAAAUUAGAGACGAUUUUGGGUAGUCCAUUGAGAGCUGUUGGUAUUCGUAGAACAGUGGUGGCACCGCACACAGCCAACCACCGCUCCAUGGAUGCUCUGCCAUAUGACCACUAUGAUUACUCCAAGGUGAUGGGUGUGUGCUGUGAAAAUGUAAUUGGCUAUGUUCCUGUACCAGUGGGUGUUGUUGGUCCUCUGCUUAUGAACGGGAAAAAGUAUAUGGUUCCCAUGGCAACUACUGAAGGGUGUUUAGUUGCUUCCACGAAUCGUGGUUGUCGUGCCUUGGUUAAUGGAGUUAGGUGCAUAGUAAUUCGAGAUGGUAUGACCAGAGCACCUAGUGUUCGGCUUCCUACUGCUGCACAAGCUACUGAGGUGUUCAUAUGGGCCAGAAAGAAAGAGAACUUUGCCAUCAUCAAAGAAGCCUUUGAUUCGACCAGUCGCUUUGCUCGUCUACAGGAGUUGCUUGUGGCCAUUGCUGGACGAUUACUUUACAUGCGCUUUGUUGCCCAGACUGGGGAUGCUAUGGGGAUGAACAUGGUAUCCAAGGGUACAGAGGCAGGACUUAAGGCCCUGAAGAAACACUUCCCGGACCUCGAGGUUUUGAGUGUUAGUGGCAACUAUUGUGUGGAUAAAAAACCAUCGGCCAUUAAUUGGAUUCAAGGUCGGGGCAAAUCUGUUGUGUGUGAAGGUAUCGUACCUGCAAAAGUAGUCUCGUCAAUAUUGAAAACUACAGUGGCGGCUCUUGUCGAAGCCAAUAUUACUAAGAAUUUGGUUGGAUCUUCAUUAGCUGGUUCAAUAGGAGGCAACAAUGCCCAUGCAGCCAACAUUGUAGCAGCAGUAUACAUUGCAUGUGGUCAGGAUCCUGCACAAGUAGUUGGGAGCAGUAACUGUAUGACUCUGAUGGAAGCGUGGGGUGAGAAAGGAGAGGACCUACACAUAACGGUCACAAUGCCUUCUCUAGAAGUGGGCACUGUUGGAGGGGGCACUGGUCUGGCACCACAAUCUGCCUGCCUCACCAUGCUUGGGGUCAAAGGGGCACACCAAGAGAGCCCAGGUGAGAACGCAUGUCAAUUUGCCAAGAUUGUGGCUGGGACAGUAUUGGCUGGAGAGCUGUCUCUGAUGUCUGCAUUGGCUGCAGGACACCUGGUCAAAAGUCACAUGGCUCACAACAGAGUAAAAAAUGGAAAUAGUUCUCCAUCAUCUACUACCAGUGGUGGUGCUGAAACUACCACUGCCUCUACCAUGGCAACUGAUACUAAUUCUUCCUCCAAGUCUAGUAAUAAUGCAUUUGACAAAACAGCAGCUGUUGAUAUAGGGCCGGUUACAAGUUGUAUGAAAGGGGGCAGUGGAGCAGGUGACAAGGACAUUGGCCAGAAAAUUAUUUUACCAUCGCAGGAUCCAGUGAUUGGUGGUAAACAAGGAGACAAUGGUAUAAGCAAAAAGGAUGUCAUUUCAAAUAUUGUUAUGCCACUUUGUAAGGAUCCAGCGAAUAUUUCGGUUCCACAUUUGAGUGACGGGUAAAGAAAGAAGUCGUUGCUAAGGAUAAUCUCUUAAUAGUUAAAUAGCAUUACAUUGAUGGUGCUGGCAGGGCUUCCUGCACUCAUUCUAAUAUAAAACAUUAUAAUUUAAAAGAGUGCCAUUCUUUUUUAUUAUUUUGUGUCAACUAUGUGGUUAGGCGAACCUUUCCAUGGUUAUUCAGGUUUGCAUUUUAUUUAGACUGUACUGAAAGGACUGUAGCAGCACGCAGUGCCCUGUGAAUGUUACUGUAUUGUCAGGAAUGCUGGAUUGUUCCUCAAUUUAUUUUAACCAUAUAUUUAUUGAUUUAUUUUUGUAAUUAAAAGGUUGUGACAUAAAUAUAAGGUGUUAUGCAUUUAUACUAUGUAAUAGUGAAAUUUAUUACAGACUUUAAAUUUAUAAAAACUUUUUCAUCAUGUGAAUUUUGAUAAACAUUAACUUAAGAGUACUAAAAUCUUUUUUCAAAAGUUUCUUCUUCUAAUUGGAAUAAGUUUCCCAGCAAUGUGAUUGGUGGUGACAAUACUGUGAAGGCGACUACAGGUGUCCUAAGGUAAUACAAUAUUAUGUUUAUUGCUAUUACAAUUGUACAAGUAACCAAUUUUGUCAGUUUGUCACUUCUGGGUAUGCAAUACAACUAAGGGGAAGGCAUCUUAAGCUGUAUUAUGCAUGCAUUGCAUUAGAUUUUUACUUGUGCAAUUGUGAUUGAAGUUCAUACUCUCAUUUUGCUUGCAGUGUAUCUUAAACCGAAAGGUAAAUGAAACAUUUUCACACAGCCCUACUAUACCUCACUUGCCAUGUGCAAUGUAGCCUGUAUUACACACACUGUAUAUAUAUACAUACAUACUAUUUUAUGUUUAUACUGUACAUACAAAUACCAAUACAUAACUCUUGUAUUAUACUUUGCACUAUCUUCAGAAUGCAUUUUACUACUUCACAAUUUUAUUUUGUCAUACCAAAUGUUUCUUUGGGCAGUUUUGGCUGCAUGCUUAUAUCAGGGUUGUGCUUUUUGUAAAACCCUCCAAUGAGACAUUUAGAAUUGUUCUAAAUAUGUCAUAAUGCAUAAUGACACUGAAUAACAUGUAAUAUUACUGUACUCGAAUUAUGUUCCAAAGUUUGUUUAUUUUAUAUGUAGGAUGAUCAUGCAGGGAAAAUAUCAAAAUAUUCAACAGUAUACUAGUAAGUAUAGCAUUUCAAGAUAUUUUAGUAUUUGACCUUUUCACUGAGCCAAUGAUAGAACUACCGACUUCAAAUAAGUUCUUAUAAUAUCAACAUAUUUGUCAAAUUUUAGCGUAGUAUUUAAAGUUUGACGUGGGGAAAAUUGGUGGCUAUAAAAUCCUCUAAUAGGGCAGCAUUACAGAAACCUUAGAUAAAAUAUUAGGUAUGUUGAAGUUUUUCAAGUGGACGUUGAAAAGUGGCGACGAACACACAUUAAAAUCUGUCUUACGCAUGUAAUGAGUGAGAUGAGAAAUGAGUGAAAUGAAUGAGUGAGAUGAGAUGAUUUGAAGUACAGUAGGCUCACAUAUUGUGAGAGAUGCUCUGGGAAAACCUUGUCCGGUAAAAUAAUGCUCUGUAAAGUUAAUAUUUGCCGAGAAAAAUAGAUCUAUAUUACAUAUCUCCCAAACAUUUUAUCCCUCUUUAGGUAGGCAUGUCAUUAAAUAAAAAUUAGUAAUUUAAAGAAUGUACACUUAUCAGUAAUGUAGAUGAAUCAAUACCUUUAUUCUAUAUGGACAUUUCAGCGUGCAACAGUCACAGAAUGUUUGGAAGAGGCCAUGAAUAGCGCAUUGCACUCGUCCAAAAAAAUUGUAAACCCUAUGAAAAAAAGUGUGUACUGUAUGUGCUUUGCCAUGUUUUGGCAAUUUAGUGGCUUUCUGGGAAUUUUUAAUUGUUAUUCCUGUGUUAGGCAAAAUUAUUCUCAUGGUUGGGGAGGGUGGUGGUGUCAGUGAUGAGUUCUUUCAGACUAUCUCCUAGAAUGGUUAAUCUUCUUUUAGUAAACACAUCUUCAUGGACACUUAAUUUACAGCAAUUAUAAUGCAUAAAGUUCAGUUACUGUAGAUGUUGAGUCACAAUAACUUGGCUGAAGAUAUGAUAUCCAAACCAUGCAUCAGAACUGAAGAGGAGACAACAUUUCGGUCAAUCUUGGACCUUUAUCACGUUGCAUAAUUGUGAUGAUGUACAUUAUUCAGGAUGAACUGAAACAUCGUUUCUGUGUUUUCUGAUCUGUGGUUUGGAUAUAAGUUUAGUUACUCAAGCUUUUUUAUUUAGAUGUCAUAAUUUGUUCGAAUGUUGGUUAAUGUUGUACGUUUACAGUGCUAUGUACUAGGGCAUUUCCAUUCAUUACCAUUGAUAAUUGCUUUAUGUACAGAACUUUUUGGCUAUUUUGAAUUUCUACAUUGUAGUAGAAGGAAAAAAAUUAAUUCAGUGAACAUUCUGGUAUGUAUUUGAACAAAUAAUUCCAGUCAUCAAACAGUUUGAGAGUAGUAGUCAUGCGAGUCGUUUAAUGCCGCACUAUGAUGGGGGAUGAUGCUCUGUAAAAAUUUUCCCUUGCAUCUCUCUCUCCUUUCAUGUGUUAAGGAUUUUUGAGAAAUAAUUUUGCACCAUAGUCUGGUUAUCUAGUAAUGCGUUGACACAGUAUUGUAAUAUUAGACAAGAUCUAUAAUUAUAAUCUUCAAAGAUUAAAGCUUACCUUGUCAAUUGCACAUAAAUAAGAAAAUAGAGGCGAGAGAGAGAGAGAAAUGCAUACAUAAUUUUUUAUGUAUUGUAUUGGUUAUUAAUGCCACACUGUUCUCUGCAACCCUUUUUAAUACGGGAUUAAAAAAAAAUUAUCUGCACUGACAAAUGGCACCAACCCAGUUGUUUGCAGUACUGUAGUACUUCCAUAGGCAACUGAAGCCAACUAGUCUUAUUAUCUCACUUUCCUGUUUUCUAACGCUUUGGGUGAGAGCGCCGCACCACCCCAAGGUGUGCUUGCCAUUCCAUGGGAAUGCGCGAUAAUGCUGAAAAGUGUAUACAGUACUUUUCAACUUUGUCAUCUCAAUUCUUGUCCUAGGUUUUUAAAUUUGGUAUGAAUGUGUUCACAAUAGAAUUCUCUACAGGACUAAAGGCAUAUAAAGUCCAAAAGUCAACAAACAAACAAAGUGAG